AUGGAUGACCGCACCGUAGACCUCAUUUUCGCGGGAUCCUUGAAGUCCCUCCCGCCGGUCAGCUCCAAGAUUGUCAGGAUCUUCACCAGCUCCACAUUUACAGAUACCACCAUGGAGAGAAACACGUUGAUGGCGAAAUGCUACCCUCGCAUCAAGGAUUACUGCAGGGAGAAACAUGGGCUGGAGUUUCAGGUGGUAGAUAUGCGCUGGGGCGUCCGAGACGAGGCUACAGAUGACCACAUGACCACAGAGCUGUGCAUGAGGGAGAUAAAAAACUGUCAGCGACUAUCUAUGGGUCCUAACUUUGUUGUUUUCCUGGGACAGAAGUAUGGUUAUAGACCUAUACCAACCUACGUCCUCUCAUCAGAACUUCAGAUGUUAAGAGACGAGCUCGCCGCUGGCGGUGUAGACGUGAUACUCCUAGACACAUGGUACAAGAAGGAUUCGAAUGCUGUACCACCCGUAUCUGUUCUGCAGCCUAUAUCAUCUAUAUUAAUCAAUUUUAAUAACAAGAGGGUACCAAAACUGCAAGCCGAAGAUCAAGCAGUAUGGUGGGACACGCUUGGAAAAAUGCAGAAGCUAUUCAGAAAGGCCUCAUCUCAGCUUUAUAGCGCUGGAAAGAUCGAUAAGGACACCAUGCACAAUUAUUUUAUGUCAGUAACGGAACGUGAAGUGAUAAACGGGGUUCUUAAUGUGAAGAACACAAAGAACCACUGCCUGGCUUACGUCAGAUACAUCAACAACAUCAACCUUCAGAACCUGAAGAAGGCUAGCAACUUCGUGGAUAUCUUGAAUAGAAGUCUUGACACUGAGGCUUCUAAGUUGUUGGCUGACUUGCGAGAUGUAAGAUUGCCAGCAAAAAUUGAAACUACUAAUAUACAAAACUACACAGUAGAAUGGAUCGGUCGGGAUGGCCUCGACAAUGAGACACACGGCGAAUACCUUAAUCAUUUCAUAUCACAUUUCUACAAAAACAUUAUCAAAUUGGUGGACAGAGCAAUGAGGAAAGAAGAUAGCAGUGCCCAGGGUGUAAUAGUGACGGAGAUACUUCAACAUCUCCACGCUUGUAAUAACUCCGUGAAGGUUUUCCACGGAAGAGCCGAAGACUUGGAGUACAUUGAGAAUUAUAUGAAGAAUACAUCUGAUAAGCCACUCGUGUUAUUUGGAGAAGGUGGUUGUGGCAAAACCAGUCUUCUGUCUAAAAGUGCCGCCAUGUGCUUGGAGUCCUGGUUCGCAGAGGUACGUUCAACGAACAUCGUUAGGUUCCUGGGAACAACUCCCGACUCCAGCGCCUUGACUCCAACCUUGAUAUCCAUAUGUCAGCAGAUUUCCUACAAUUUCGCCUUGCCCUUUGAGAGUAUACCGGAUGAUUUGGUACCCUUGACUGCCCAUUUCAAGCAGCUCCUCACUAUGGCCACUCAGCAGCAGCCUCUUCUCCUAUUCUUGGAUUCCGUGGACCAGCUGACUGGAAUAGGUACUGAGAACAAUAAGGUUUCCUGGCUACCAACUCGUUUACCACCUCACUGCAAGAUAAUAGUUACAUGUGCUCGUGAAGAAGCAAACCCUGAGGUAUCCAAAGAGUAUGAUGUGCUACGCCGCAUGAUUGAUUCUGAAGAGAAUUUCCUGGAAGUUACGGCAUUAGGAGAAGAUCUAGCUAUGCAGGUUUUGAAGCUGUGGAUGGCAUCGGCAGCUCGGGACUUGUCUAACUACCAAUGGCGGCUGGUCUCCAACGCCAUCAGUUCUUGCUCCUUGCCUAUCUUCGUGAAAUUAGUAUUUGCUGAGGUGUGCAGAUGGCGUAGCUACACUAAACCCCAGGAUACCCACCUUGCUUCGACCGUCAUGGACUCAAUAAUGAUGCUCUUUGAAAGAAUCGAAAAGCAGCAUGGUCGUCUCUUGGUCUUCCACGCAUUGGCUUACAUAACAGCAGCACGCAGUGGACUUUCAGAGACAGAACUUGAAGAUUUGAUAUCAUUGGACGAUAAAGUAUUGGAUGAUGUUUACCAGUACCAUUUACCACCUGUUAGGCGAAUACCACCUUUAUUGUGGACGAGAAUCCGAAAUGAUCUACCCAAUUAUUUAUCGGAGAGAGAAGCGGACGGCGUAUCUGUAAUGAAUUGGUACCAUAGACAAUUCCGGGAUACCGCUAGAGAGAGAUACUUCAAGAAUAUGAACAUGGCUAUGUACUUCCAUUCCAUGAUCGCGGAUUACUACCUUGGAAUCUGGGGAGGUGGAAUACCAAAGCCUUUUAAAUACACUGAGAUCCAGCGUCAUCGCUUCAAUUUAGCGGACAAGGAGGGCGUGGCUGACAGAAAGGUUCCCAUACAGCCUCUGGUGUUCACCUCAGCUGAUGGGUCUACUAAAAGAUAUAAUUUGAGAAAGUUUGGUGAGCUGCCGUUCCAUUUGGUCCGCUCCAAGCGUUUCACUGAUCUAUAUGCGGAAGUACUGUUCAACUAUGAAUGGCUCCACGCUAAACUCAACUGCUGUCCAUUGCAAGCACUGUUAGCUGACUUUGAAGAUGCUAAAUUGUUCGUCAAUAAAGACGCCGUAAGAGAACUAAUGCUGGUAGCUGAUGCCUUACGUCUGGGUGGUGCUAUACUAGGAACCUACCCUGAUAUGCUUGCACCGCAGUUAGUUGGCAGGCUGCUACCUGAAGCGCCACAUAAUCCGGCAGUUGCUUCUUUGUUGAAACAAUGCCAUGAUAAAGGAAAAAACCACUGCGCUUUAUUACCAUCUCAUCACUGUUUACACACUCCUGGAGGACCCUUGAAGUACUCACUAGAAGGACAUCAAUUUGCUGUUUUUGCGUUUCGCUUGAGUUCUGACAAACGUUACGUAGUAUCCAUUUCAAGUCGGGUCAUAUCCUGGGAUCUAUCCACUUCAGAUCUGGCAAGGGAUCUCUGUCCUCAAUUGGAAGGAAUCAUGCAAAAUCUUGAACUAUCGCCUGACAAUAAAUGGGCAGCUGCGUCUACUAAUAACUCUGUAUCGAUGCUACUAAAUAUGCUAACCAGUGAAUACGUCACCAUCGACAAUCCUCUCGAUGAAGGUGAAACAGUACGUGGAGUAUAUGUCCUGAAUCACCACAUGUUCAUCUAUGGACCAAGGUCUUGGGUCCAAUAUUCCAUGCGUGGUGAACACGAACAAACACUACCAGCUCCGGACUCCGCUCCCUAUGACGAUGUCAACUGGGAGAUACUUUCAAUGGAAUUUCGAGACCUAGAAAACUUUGUACUGGUGAUGUGGAGUGGAGACCUUGAUGAGGACAGGCUACUGGUGCACUUCUGCAGAGCUGGUGCGUGGAUGAAGCCACUUCGGUGCAGAGGAGCGAUGGCAUUGAACAAGAACUGGUCGAGGAUCUACACCAGUGACACAGAUAGGGGUUAUCAGAUUACAAUAUUUGAGCUUAAUGAAGAUGAAUUAUGUUGGGUGAAAGCGCAAGAGUUAACGCAUAAAGAAACUGAUACGGCUGAGGCGAUGCUGCAGCUCAAAAGAGGGAAGAAAGACCGUAUGUUGCUAGCAACUACUACGUACAGCUUUGUAGUUUGGGACUUUGAUAAUGUAAUAUCCAGAGAGAAUCACGAAACAGAGACUAAGAAGAAACAAGAAGAAGAAGAGGAUAAAAAAGAAGAUGAUUUGGAUGAAAAACAAGAUGAAGUACAAGAAAAAGAUUUUCGUUUUGAAGGAAUAGUUCUAAAAUUGCCUCACACAAUCCGAAAUAUAUCUACCAAAAUGACACUGUCCAAUUCUUUUAUGAUCAGCAAUAAUAAUACAUACGCUGUCGCUGGCGUUAGAAAGAAUCUGUACGUUUGGAGUUUGGAGACGACGAAACUGAUCAAGGUGUUGGAUGCCCACUUUGGCAGAAUAGUACAGCUGGAGCCGUUGACCGUCGGCACAUGGAACAACGUGAUCACCUCCUCAAUAGAUCGCACCGUGAAGAUAUGGAACAUUGAUAAUAUUUUUGAGCAGGUCCAUAAAAUUGACCGGCAGGAAUUACCAAUUGACUCUAUCAGCUUAGCCCGUGAUAAGCGUCUUGCAGUCACAGUGACACGCAGCUGCUGGGGCCUAUGGGAUACCAGUACUGGGAAACUUCUUGCUCAAUUGGCAGACGCACCCUUAGGAGCCAUCGUAACUCACGCCGUGAUCACUCCCACUGGGGAUAAUGUCGUCACAGCUGAAUCUGGAAAUGUGGUGAUUUGGGACACGCCCGAAAAGCAGGUAAUAUUCAAAGAAGAACAGAAGGGUGUGAAGCAAGUUCUGCUCUUAGAGGAUGGCACCAAAUUCAUAACGAUUUCAAUGGAAGUUGCGGCUGACAACGUUGAGAAUAUAUCUAUAGCUCAUAUUAUAGCUAGGACUAUACCUGACGGUGAUAAAAUAUACACAGCGGAGUAUGAAGUACGGGGAACUGGGUACAGAGCUGCUGUGGUAUCAGCUGAUGAGCACCAUAUAGCUGCACCUGGCGUGGAUAAGUCAUCCAGGGACUGCCUACAUAUAUUCCAUGCUAGAACCGGUGCUAGACUGCACAGAAUCCCAAUAAAGAACACUGGAAUUAAAGACAUGCAGUGCAUUCAGGCGUUGCCACAUAAGCCGCUCUGGGUGGCUGUUGUUGGUAAUGAUAAAGCAGGAAUACUGGACAUCAAGACGAAGCGACUUGUUAGAUUCGUACCACGUUGGAAUGGCGCGUGCACCAGAGAUGGUAAGAUUGGUCUCUGCGCACCGACCAGAGGAGGUCUGGACCUUAUUGAAUUGAAACGAGGCACGUCAGUACAACAGCUGAUAUCGAGGGCAGCUGAAGGCGUCUUCUCUAUAAUAACCAUGUUCAGCUCGACUGACCAAUAUGUCUUUUAUUAUCACAGCGGAAGGAAGACGCUGAGGGUAUUCAGAACGGUAGAUGGCAGAGCGGUGGCAGAGUACAGAGCACCAGCUGAAGUGACCGGAGUGGCGAGCGCCCACGGUGGUACAGCGCUCGCCAUCGCCUCCCAAGAUGGCUGUCUUACUGUCUUAAAUAUUGUGGAUCCUAAUGAAUAA